GCGUUUUUCGUGCGUUGUGCUUGUGCCGCAAAGUUGAUUCUAUGGUUGAUGUUGUGCAGUGCUGCAAGUCGGUUCUGUAAUUCUGUGGUGUAGCGGUGCAGUAACGAAGCUUUAUAGUACAGUCCUAGUGGUUCUAGCGGACCAAGCGCGCUGUGAUUUUUGUGUUCGUCGUCGAAGUUUCUUUUUGUACAGCAUUGACGUUGCCCGUUUCUCGUGCACACGCUUAAUUGUGCGUGUUGUAGACUUCCGCUAGCUUCGCACCAGACCCGAGGCCGACCGAGACAAGAAAAUGGGCGACCGGUACAACAUCCACAGCCAGCUGGAGCACCUGCAGUCGAAGUACAUCGGCACGGGCCACGCGGACACUGCCCGCUACGAAUGGCUCGUGAACCAACACCGAGACAGCUACGCUUCGUACCUGGGCCACUUCGACAUGCUCAACUAUUUCUCGGUCGUCGAGAACGAGACCAAGGCGCGGGUGCGAUUCAACAUCAUGGAGAAGAUGCUGCAGCCGUGCGGACCGCCUCCGGAGAAGGCCGAGGACUGAGCUUAGCUGCUGGCUGCAAGCUCGAUCUGUAAAUAUGUAUCUUGUCACGACCACAUCAACGCUUCGCCGCAUUGUUAAAAUAAACGAUGAGCCUUUCGCACA